AUGCAUUGACUGCUCAACUAUUUGCACAGCACAAUUUCUCGUACUACUUACUCACUAUGCUCAUUGUUCCACACUAUGCAGUUGAAUCGACGCCUGUUCGGCUAACGCUCUCCACCAUCAGCCAUAUCACUGGAGUAACUAAGGUACUAAUCCCAAAGAGAGAGAUAAGCAAGGAUACAGCAGUGCACUCUGAAUCAUGCCUUACUCCAUACAUGACACUGGACAGACAUGGGGGCGGAAAGAGGACUUGACGGUUGGUGAUGAAAUGACGGAAUGGGGUUUUGAGACAAGGCAGACCCAGUGCGAUGACGAAGUUAUUCCCAGCCUCCUCGACGAUUUGAGUGGAAAUAAGAUUGUCUGGACGCCAAGGUCAGAUCCAUGGUUGAAGACGAGAAGCAACCAGGCUGAAGGCGGUGAGUCGUCGUUUUCCGGUCCGAUCUCCACCACGACCAGAUUCAUUCUUCACCUUCAUCUCUAUCUAGUUAUCCAGUCGGGCACAACAGCUGCCAAACCAGCCCGGCGUAGGGCAGUCAUUCCAAAUCUCAUGCAGUCCUCAAAUGAUGUCAAGUCCCCAUCCAUCCAUCCAUCCAUCCACUUUUUUUUUUCUAGACGGUGGAAUUUCUUCUUCCGGGUAAAUGUUGACAGUUCAUGGUUCUGAAGUUCUCGGCCCUCUGUCCCUACACGUGUCGCGUCCGUGUCCAUGGAUACAGACAGGUCAGGGGAGAGUUCAUACAUAUUCAAACAUCUUCAGACAUAUUCAGGGAGGAUGGAUUAUUUAACAUCGCCUUCAGAGACUAGAUAUAUUAUAAGAUUAUAGUAUGCAAUAAUCGCGAGAUAGCCGGUCAAUGGACCCAAUUGGUGCUAGUAAAGCCGCCAGAUCUAUUGAGCUGAAUUGAGCUGAAGGCCAGCCAC